AAUGGUGUAGCCCCCGAAAACGAUGACGUUUUAUUACGAACUCUUGCUGUGUUGUCACACCAGCUGUUUGCAGGAGGGACAACAAAGUGUCAGUGAGCAAGGUUGUUUUGCAGGAAUUCGGAAUUGAAGAAUGAAAGCGAUCGCUGCGUAAAGACAUGAGACGGAAGUUACGGCAGGAAUGACAGUUUGCAAAAGUGAACAAUUUCUCACAUAAGUGCUUACAUAAGACUGCAAGACGAUAUCGAAUGGUGGCAAGGGAAAGAGUGAUUAAAGGUCGCUUUAAAUAAAGCCCAGACUAAUAACAAACUUCCUGGCUGUAUCUUCGGCAAGGAUUUAGAGCCACACUCCGCUCGCAGAAGGUGUGCGCCAACAAGUGGCGCGAGUUUGCGUGCGAGCAAGCAUGAACGUGGGCACGGCUCACAGCGAGGUCAACCCCAACACACAGGUGAUGAACAGUCGAGGCAUAUGGCUCUCCUACGUCCUAGGCAUAGGGCUGCUGCACGUCAUUCUGCUCAGCAUCCCUUUUGCCAGUGUCUCCGUUGUCUGGACCCUCACCAACCUUAUACACAAUAUGUGCAUGUACCUGCUGCUGCACACGGUGAAGGGGACGCCGUUCGAGACGCCGGAUCAGGGCAAGGCCCGGCUGCUGACACACUGGGAGCAGAUGGACUACGGCGUCCAGUUCACCGCCUCACGCAAGUUCCUUACCAUCACACCCAUCAUACUGUAUUUCCUCACCAGCUUCUACACAAAGUACGACCGGAUCCACUUCAUCAUCAACACAGUAUCCCUCCUCACUGUUCUCAUUCCCAAGCUCCCUCAGCUCCACGGUGUGCGUAUCUUUGGCAUAAAUAAGUACUGAGGGACAAGGGGCCAGAGACCUCUGUGUGUGUGUGUGUGUGUGUGUGUGUGUGUGUGUGUGUGUGUGUGUGUGUGUGUGUG